UGAUUUGUGAUGCACUGCAGUAAGAUCAUGAAAUUCAUGCUUUUAUUCGUGAGAACAAACACACCUUUACACAUCAUAAAAAAGAAAGAAAGAAGAGUCAACCCUAAAAAAAAUUAUGUGAAUGCUGAUGGGUGCCCUCAUACGCGCUUGUUGAUCCCUCCAGUCCCUUCCAAGUUGAUUAUUGGCCGGAGACUUCACUGUUAGCAAUUGACUUCCUGUUGAGCUCUCCAUAUAUUGGCACCCCUCACGUUGAGGUUAAGCAUCAGUUGCACCAUUACUGAUAUCUAUCAAUUAAUGGAGAAGAAACCUAAAGAAGCAAGAACGCCAUUGACAGGCUUUGCGUCAUUAAACGAAGACCUUGUUCAAAACAUUCUGAAGAGAACACCAGCUUCAUCCUUUGCAUCAGCUGCUUGUGUUUGCAAAUCAUGGAACCAAACUUGCAAUCAAAUCCUCUCCAAACCAAAGCUUGCUUCUGCCUUUUCUCUCAACCCAGACCAGAAGGUUGCAUCACAAGAGGUUGUGAAUAAGGUUCUCUCCGAGCCCAUUAGACCCCAGUUUGCCAUUGCAAAUGUUAUUGGGAGUGGUGUUGAUUUGAGUGAAACCCUCAAUUUUUUAGCAGCGAAACUUGGUUCAAAAACUCCAAUUAUUGUGUCUUGUGCAAAUGGAAUCAUAGGAAGAGAUGCUGCUACUGAUGAACAUCAAGAGGUUAUGUUAGAAGAUUUUUGGGCUGAUGCUGCAUCAAAAAAUUCAGGCUUUGGUGUCCUGCUGACUGUGGGAUUCUUACCGGGACUCCAAGUUGAAGCUAUCCCGUUGUUACGGCCAAGAAAGGUCAGAAAUUUUGCAUUAUUUAGAAAAUGAUAUUUCAGAGAGCUUGUUUGCUCCUUCUCAAAUGGCAUCACGGAGAGCCACAAAAGUCAGUCUACUUUGUAUAGUUUGGAAGAAAGGAAAUUAAUGGAGAGAUAAUCAUGCCCUACAAUUAGAAUCUCGAUGAUAGAACCAUGAUACUGAAUUCUGAUAUAGCAUAGGAAAUCGUCUUUUUUUUCUAAAAGUUAUUAUCUAAAGUUAUUAGAUAAGAACUUUUAUGUACAAUAUUAUUCAUGGUGUCGGGUUGAUUUGACUUCAACACCAUUGUAGCGUGCUAGCUGUAUUGUUUUGAA